UCCCAAGAUUGAAAUUCGCUUUAAAGAUUUAUCAAUGGAGGGAGAUGCGUAUAUUGGAACCAGAGCACUUCCAACUCUGCUGAAUUCUUCCUUGAAUAUAAUAGAAGAUGUUCUUCUCUUCUUCAGGCUUUUACCAUCAAGGAAAAGAGUAGUCAACAUACUCAAGAAUGUGAGUGGUGUUGUGAACCCUUCAAGAAUGACACUGCUUUUAGGACCUCCAGGAUCAGGGAAAACUAUAUUGCUGCAAGCAUUAGCGGGAAAGUUUGACAGGGGUUUAAGAUUAGUAACGGGGAAUAUACAAUAUUGUGGUCAUGACAUGGAUGAGUUCAUUCCCCAAAGAACGUGUGCUUAUAUUAGCCAGCAUGACCUCCACUAUGCAGAGAUGACUGUCCGAGAAAUAUUGGACUUUUCAGGAUGUUGUUUGGGAGUUGGAGCUAGAUAUGAACUGUUAGCACAGUUGAUAAGAGAAGAAAAAAAAGCUGGAAUAAAGCCUGAUCCUGUUGAUGCAUUCAUGAAAGCUACUGCAAUUUCCGGCCAAAAGACAAGUUUGAUUACAGAUUACGUGCUCAAGAUGCUUGGAUUGGAUAUAUGUGCUGAUAUUAUGGUGGGAAAUGAGAUGAGAAGGGGCAUAUCGGGUGGACAAAAGAAACGAGUCACCACAGGAGAAAUGCUGGUUGGACCAGCUAAAGCCCUUUUCAUGGAUGAAAUAUCGACGGGUUUGGAUAGUUCCACCACCUUCCAGAUUGUAAGGUUUAUGAGGCAGAUGGUUCAUAUCAUGGACGUCACCAUGAUAAUCUCUCUUUUGCAGCCUGCACCAGAAACCUAUGAUCUUUUUGAUGACAUUAUUUUGCUUUCUGAAGGUCAGAUAGUAUAUCAAGGUCCACGUGAAAAUGUGCUUGAAUUCUUUGAAAGUGUAGGAUUCAAAUGUCCUGAAAGGAAAGGAAUUGCAGAUUUUCUGCAAGAGGUGACUUCCAAGAAAGACCAACAACAAUACUGGAGCAGAAAUGAUGAACCCUACAGAUAUAUUUCUGUACCAGAGUUUGUGAAUCAUUUUUGUUCUUCUGAUAUUGGCCGGAAGCUUUUUGAAGAUCUUAAAGUUCCAUAUGAGAGAUCGAAGACUCACCCUGCUGCAUUGGUAAAAGAAAAAUAUGGGAUUCCUAACUGGGAGCUCUUUAAGACAUGCUUCGCAAGAGAAUGGCUGUUGAUGAAGCGCAAAAGUUUUGUGUACAUAUUCAAGAUAAGCCAGAUAACCAUAAUAUCACUGAUUACCAUGACAGUGUUUCUACGAACAGAAAUGAAGACAGGUCAUAUACAAGAUGGUGCAAAAUUUUAUGGUGCACUGUUCUUUGGUCUUAAUAAUAUCAUGUUCAGUGGAUUGGUUGAGCUUGCAGUGACUGCAUUCAGGCUUCCUGUGUUUUAUAAGCAGAGAGAUUUCUUUUUCUAUCCACCAUGGGCCUUUGCUUUGCCAUUUUGGCUACUAAAGAUUCCUCUCUCCUUAAUUGAGUCAGCAAUAUGGAUUAUCCUAACAUAUUACACUAUAGGGUUUGCUCCUGCUGCUAGUAGGUUCUUUCGUCAGCUAUUAGCAUUAUUUGCCACACAUCAUAUGGCUCUAUCUCUUUUUCGCUUUACUGCUUCAAUUGGGAGAACACUAAUUAUAACCAACUCACUUGGUAGUAUCAUACUGUUGCUACUAUUUGUCCUUGGCGGGUUCAUUGUUGCAAGAGAUGAUAUUGCACCAUGGAUGAUAUGGGGCUAUUAUGUUUCCCCAAUGUCUUAUGGACAAAAUGCUCUUGCCAUCAAUGAAUUUCUCGAUGAAAGAUGGAGUGCGCCUAAUCCUACUCCAAACAUUGCUGAACCCACAGUUGGAAAAGCUCUUCUUAGAUCAAGGGGCUUGUACACAGAAGAAUAUUGGUAUUGGAUUUGUGUGGCGGCACUUCUGGGCUUUUCCCUACUAUUCAAUCUGGGUUUUAUAGCAACACUGACAUAUUUAAAUCCUCUUGGAGAUCGUAAGUCUAUUAUACUUGAUAAUGAUAAUGAUCAGAAACACCCAUCUUCAAAUGGGCAAGGCAAUGGUAGGACAACAAAGACCAGUUUGGGAUCUGGAUCUAUGCUAUCUGAAGGGAGGAAUAUUUCUAAUAGCUUGACUCCAAGUGAUGCGGAGCCAGCAUCCAUGAAACAAGGAAUGCUGUUGCCUUUUCAACCCUUAUUACUUGCAUUUCAUCAUGUGAAUUACUAUGUUGAUAUGCCUGAUGAAAUGAAGAAUCAAAGAGUUGAAGAGAAUCGCCUUCAACUGUUACGAAAUGUCAGUGGUUCAUUUAGGCCUGGUGUUUUAACAGCAUUAGUUGGUGUAAGUGGUGCUGGAAAGACUACUUUAAUGGAUGUACUUGCAGGAAGGAAAACUGGAGGAUACAUUGAAGGGGAAAUCAGUAUUUCUGGUUACCCAAAGAAUCAAGAAACCUUUGCUAGAAUUAGUGGUUACUGUGAACAGAAUGAUAUUCAUUCUCCACGUGUAACAGUUUAUGAAUCUCUUGUUUAUUCAGCUUGGUUACGUCUUGCAAAGGAUAUUACAGCAGAAACACGAAAGAUGUUUGUGGAGCAAGUAAUGGAGUUAGUUGAGUUAAACCCGUUAAGAAACUGUCUAGUUGGUCUUCCAGGAGUUGAUGGCUUGUCGACUGAGCAACGAAAAAGACUGACAAUAGCUGUAGAAUUGGUGGCAAAUCCAUCUAUUAUCUUCAUGGAUGAGCCAACCUCUGGUCUUGAUGCUAGAGCUGCUGCAAUUGUAAUGCGUACUGUGAGAAAAAUAGUGGAUACAGGUCGAACAAUUGUCUGCACUAUUCAUCAGCCAAGUAUAGAUAUAUUUGAAGCCUUCGACGAGUUGUUGCUGAUGAAGAGAGGAGGACAAGUCAUUUAUGCUGGACCCUUAGGACACUAUUCUCAAAAGCUUAAAGAAUACUUUGAAGCUAUCCCAGGAGUUCCAAAGAUCAAAGAAGGUUACAAUCCUGCAACUUGGGUGUUAGAAAUCAGUUCAGCUGCUUUUGAGGCUCAAAUUAAUGUAGAUUAUGCUGAAAUUUACACUAAAUCUAUACUUUACCAAAAAAAUCAGGAGCUUAUUAAAGAGCUAAGUAGUCCAGUAGUAGGAUCUGAGGAUCUUCAUUUCCCUACCAAAUACUCUCAAGAUUUUGUAACUCAAUAUAAAGCUUGCUUGUGGAAACAGUAUUGGUCAUACUGGAGGCACCCGCAAUACAAUCUCACCAGAUUCUUCAUGACAACUAUUUCUGGUGUUCUAUUUGGACUUAUUUUCUGGAACAAAGGAGAAAAAACGUAAGUGAAAACUCAACAAGACUUGGCAAAUCUGAUGGGAGCUAUGUAUUCUUCUGUACUCUUCCUUGGAGGAACCAGUGCUUCUGCUGCUCGGCCUGUUGUGGGAACUGAAAGAACAAUCUUCUAUCGUGAACGAGCAGCAGGGAUGUAUUCGCCACUACCUUAUGCAUUUGCUCUGGUUACGAUAGAGACAAUCUACAUAUUGACUCAGACUUCUUUGUAUAGUCUAUUGCUUUAUUCAAUGAUUGGAUUCGAUUGGGAAAUUAAGAAGUUCCUGUGGUUCUAUUUCUUCAUGUCUAUGUGCUUUAUGUACUACACAUUCCAUGGCAUGAUGGUUGUUGCCCUCACUCCAAACGAACAAAUUGCUUCAGUUGUUUCCUCCUUCUUCCUAACCCUCUGGAACCUCUUCUCUGGCUUCCUCAUCCCCGUCACGCAAAUACCAAUAUGGUGGAGAUGGUUCUAUUGGGCAUCUCCAGUGGCUUGGACAAUAAAUGGCCUUGUAACAUCCCAAUUUGGUGGAAAAGUUGAUUAUGUUGUUGUACCUGGAGAUGGUUCCAUUCCAAUGAAAGCUUACUUGAAGAAGUACUUGGGAUUUGAACAUGGCUUCCUUGGACCUAUCGCUGCAGCUCAUGUUGGAAUUGUUGUACUCUUCAUCUUCCUUUUUGCCUUUGGUAUCAAGUUCCUUAACUUCCAGAAAAGAUGA